UAUAAUGCUCGAGCUAGAAUUAAUAUAUGUUCUGGUUCUAGAACAUUUGCCUUGAGAGAUGGUUCGAUUUGUGGGAAUGGGUGCUGGCGUCCUGAAGGAUGUUCCAGAAAUUUUAAUGCUCUUUCUAGAACAAUAUGCCCUGUCUGUAAAAUGGGAACCUAUUCUGAUACUGGAAUUUGUAGUACACAUAGUGGACCUUAUGACC